ACGUGAUUUUCAGCAGCUAGCUAACGUUUGCUGCAUGGAUAUACACAUCUGAUGUGGACAAUGUAAUUUUGAUCAAUUACCAUUCUUAGGACAAGUAAUUUUGUCUACAUCGAGUUAUUAGCAAGUAGCUACAUUAUUUCGGGAGUUAAUAAUCAAAUGGACCGCGUCACACUUCUGUUUUUCGCAACCUAGCUAACGCUAGCUUUCUGUUCUAGCUAGCUACCAUUCCAUCGCCGAUUGACUGGUUAACCAUCAACAUGGCAAAGCAUAAAACAUCUGCAAAAACUCUUAUAAUUGAAGAUGAUGAAGUCCGAGAAGAUGGUGAUGAUAUGAAUCCCUUUUCCUUCAAAGAGUUCAUCCGCAGUAAAAACCAAGGGGAUCCAGAUGAGAAGAAGUACCCAACGCGAAAGGAGGCAUAUGGGCGCCCAUUCCUGGCAGAGGGGGAAUAUACUAUCCCGGGCCCUAAGAGCUUCGAUCAAGACUUCCAGGGUCACUUUUACAUAGACCCCGCACCGUUUCCUCAGUCUCUGGACAAUGAGACAAAGGAGUGGGCUGGGAGUUACCAGCCAUCAGCCAUUGAGGAGGCGCAUGAAUUUAGACUGUUUGGCACUGCAGCAGCAGACAGCAGCACAUACUCGGGUCAGUCUUCCCUGUGCACAGAGGAAGAAGAGGAUACUUCCUUAUCUGUAUGGCAGGUGGAUGAAGAAUUCUCACCAAAGGCCCCCCAGUACAGGAGGGCACCAGUGAACUAUGAGGGAGAUGACGAGACAUCCAUGGCAGAGCUCUCCUACAAGACCAAGAAGAGUAGUACAGAGAAUGGCCAUAGGGAUCAACAAAAGCUGAGGGAGGAAAAUACGCAGCUCAGGAAUAACAUUAAAUAUCUUGUGAAAAAGUCUGAGAAGGAUGAUCAAAGAAUUCGACACCUCACAGAUGAGUUGCAGAAGAGAAGAGUGCAGGAGGAGAGGGAGGCUCAGGCUUUAGAGACCAUGGUCCACUCCGUAGAGCAGAACUUGCAGUUAAUGACCAAACGAGCAUUGAAGGGUGAAAACCUUGUGUCAAAACUCAAACAGGAGCUUCAUCAAUUACAGGGCCAAGUAGAGGGGUGCCGAUAUGAGAAUGAGAGACUUCGAGCUAGAGAGACAGCUGCCUUAAAUACAAUGAAACACAACGCGCAAGUGGCCUCGGAGUACCUUAACAAAGCAGCACUCAAUGCUGAGACUUCCAUCAAGCAAUUACUUACAGGAGCAGAAGCUCUUUGUCUUGUAUCUCAACUGCUGCAGUCCAUUGACAACAUAUCUGAGAUUCACAAUGAAGGCUGAUGGAGUUUAAGGAGGCCAUAGAAUUCAGAUCUAGAACCAUCCAUCAAGAAACUGGAAAACAAUUAUGGCGUGUCAUUGUCACUCAACACUCACAGAGAAUCUAAAGUUGUAGCACUGAUUUGUGACAAAAUAAGAAAUAUUGCUUUUUUUACUUGUACUUCAUAAAAUGUUUAGUUUUGAACCACUUUAACAGGCCAUUUGAAAACAAUAUGCUAGCAGCUGUAUUUAAAGCUGAGGCAAAUAUGACUCAGAUUUCAAUGAAUAAAUGUGACUCAAAGU